AAGGAAAAUUUUAAACAAAUAAAUCAUCAAUAUCUCAUUACAUAAAGAAGAAAGUGAAAAAUUAUUAUUCUCUCAUCGUCGGCGAUCUCCUCCUCUGCCUUAUUCAACCCUAUUUUUCGAUCUACGUUUCCACACUCAGGUUUGAAUUUUGAAAGAAGAAUAAGAAGAAGAGCGUAAGUAAUCAUGUUUGGUGUUGUAAGGCGAAGGGUUGCUUCUGGAGGCACAUCUUCGUUGCUUGGUCAGUCAGGGCUGAAAAUCCGGUCUGGCACUGCUAGAGUUUCUUCCGUUGUGGAAAAAGAGGUUGCAUUUAGCUCAGGAGGAUGUGGCAAUAUCCGGAAUUUCUGUCACACAACACCUGGACGCUGGAUUAAUUCAAAACCUAUAAGGGACAUUUUUUAUCAAGAGGCUUCCAUUCAAACACAGAGGCAUUCAUUUUCUUCGGAAAGUGGAGAUUCUGUUGAUGUUGUGGUCCCUCCAUUGGCUGAAUCCAUCGAAGAUGGGACUCUCGCAAAAUUCCUGAAGAGGGUUGGUGACAGGGUUAAUAUUGAUGAACCAAUUGCUCAAAUUGAAACAGAUAAGGUGACAAUUGAUGUUACAAGUCCCGAGUCAGGUGUGAUUGUGAAGCUUCUAGCCAAUGAAGGGGAUACAGUUGAGCCAGGUCACAAGAUAGCAAUCAUUUCAAGGUCUGCUGAUGCUACAACUCAUGUUGCGCCAUCUGAGACUGCACCUGAGAAACCUGCUCCUAAGCCAACCCAAAAUGUUAGUGAACCCGAGGAGAAGAAAGCUCCUAAAGUUGAAACAACUAAGACAGAGAAGCCAAAAGCACCUGCUCCACAAAGCUCUCCAAGUGAGCCACAGCUUCCUCCUAAGGAAAGAGAAAGACGAGUUCCUAUGACAAGGCUUCGGAAACGGGUUGCUACACGGUUGAAGGAUUCACAAAACACAUUUGCUAUGCUGACAACCUUCAAUGAAGUUGAUAUGACUAAUUUGAUGAAGCUCCGUGCUGAUUAUAAGGAUGCUUUUGUUGAGAAGCAUGGAGUCAAAUUGGGACUUAUGUCCGGGUUUAUCAAAGCUGCUGUCAAUGCACUUCAAAAUCAACCAAUUAUUAAUGCAGUCAUUGAUGGGGAUGAUAUUAUAUACAGAGAUUAUAUAGAUAUCAGCAUAGCUGUCGGAACUCCGAAGGGACUUGUUGUGCCAGUCAUCCGCAAUGCGGAUACAAUGAACUUUGCGGAUAUAGAAAAACAGAUCAAUGCUUUCGCAAAGAAGGCUAAUGCUGGAACCUUAUCAAUUGAUGAGAUGGCUGGAGGCACUCUUACAAUAUCAAAUGGCGGUGUUUAUGGAAGUCUUUUGAGUACCCCUAUUAUCAACCCUCCUCAGUCGGCAAUCUUGGGUAUGCAUUCCAUAGUCAGCCGUCCAAUGGUUGUUGGAGGAAAUGUUGUUCCAAGGCCAAUGAUGUACACUGCUCUAACAUAUGACCACAGAAUAAUUGAUGGAAGAGAGGCCGUGUUCUUUCUGCGACGCAUCAAAGAUAUCGUGGAGGACCCUCGCAGGCUCUUGCUCGACAUAUAAACAGAAUCUCAAACUAUGCGAGUAAAUUAUAUUUCUUAGAAUUCUGAUACCAUAAAUGGUUACCCUUUUGUUUCGGGUCUUGAAUAUUGCGGCGUGAUUUACGAUAUUUUAUUGAGCAACUUCUUUAGGUUCAGAUCAUAAUUUAUCCGACAUAAACUCAGAAGGUUUGUUUCUUUUCACCCAUCCCUCUCAAACGAGAGGGUGAUAGUUUUUGUCUCAUAAUGAAACUCGUAAGUUGUAUGAAACGACUAUGAAGCAUAUUACGGUAUUCUCCCUCAAGUAAUAAUGCGACUUAAUUUUUUAUAUUAAA